AUGGUUGGUCCGCACUACAUCAGUCAAGAGAUGGCAAGCAUGGCGGAGCAUUUCAAGACAGGUGGUCUGGGUCGACUGGCUGUCAAGAUUACUGAGCUUGACCAAAAAUAUGCUCCUUACUCCAACAUCUCUGCGACUCCGCCAACCACCUUGAGCAAUGCUGGGAUGGUGUGUCUGGCACAGGUUUCGCCUGAACUAAUGAUAAGCCUGCUCGACAAUACUCUGGUCCAGAAGUGGAAGACUGGAGCGAUUGUCAUCAAUGACUGGCAUCGUAUUCCCCGAGCUGUGCGUGGAGAGAACGAGCCUGCUAUCUAUGUCAACUACUUUGCUGCAGCCGACGGUACUGGCCUCUCGAUUGCAGAAUACCAGGUAUAUCUCGAAGCAAUGUCUGCUGCCAUGCUUGGAAAGAACGCUAUGGUCGGCGGCAAGAAGCGCGACAUUAUCAGGAAGAUCGACGUCUAUUACAAGAAGCGCACCGGAGAGCAAACCCCUUUCUCCAGACUUCUUCUGAACGCUCAUCUGGAUCACUUUGAAUUCAUGCGAUACCAAAACAAAGUCAUUAACGCUGCGACCAAGGCUGGUGCUCUCGAGAUACGCUUCCCGGGUGAGGUUCGCUGGAGCUUUGAUGUCGACCAGUGCAUCAAGAAACACCAGAAACUCCAAGGCAACGAACUGCUGCUUCGCCUCACGAUGUGUGUUGUCGGCGUACUUUGGCCUGACAAGGGGUUCGAGCUGUCCUCCUUCGCCUUGUUUCGUGUGAUCAGUUGGGCUCAGGUCCACAUGUUCGAGUCUAUAGGAUCUCACCUUAUCAACAGCUACGCUGGCUACGGCGGAUUCAACUUCAGCACAUCCGGUGUCACCAUUUCUUCCGCAGCUAGAGCUAGUCCAGCCACUUGGGAGCACAUCGCCAACCAGUACCACCAAGUUCUUGUUUAUUCAACCAUCGCGAGCGAACAACACGGUCUGGAACUGCAGAAAGAGCUGCUCAGUAUGGAAGGCGCUACGUUUGCGGCAAAGGCUCAUAUCAAGACUCAGCAGUUGGCCACGAGCUUGAAGUUGGUCUUGGACCAAUUCGACGGAAGCGGUGAAGCUCUGUUGGACCGUACGACGCUCGAAGGUAUAGCUCAGUCUCUCGUCCUCCUUUUUGACACGCCAGACGCCAUGACAAAGAAGUGUUACGACGAGCUUGUUGGAUUGAAAAGGCGACUGGGAUCGAUGGCAAAGGCUGCUACAGAGAGAUCGCCUGGAGCUUGA